AUGAUAAACGAAUCGGGAAGUUGCCGGGCGAAAUUCUUGCAAACUCUGAACGACACCUUUACUGUUAGAUCUGUGAACGUGUUUCAACCCCCUAACGCUGACUAUAAUACGGCGGUGCAUGUUUACGACGCGGGCCUGAUCUCACGAAAACCAUGGCGCGGUGUUUUGACGGUGCUCACAGGUGGUAUAAUGAGUUGUGUGGGGCGCGGCGCGGAUAUCGAGCGGGCGCCGGCGGCGGCAGCGGCGGCGCGCGCAGCAGUGCAACGGGCGCGAGGAGCCCGGCCGGCCGCGUUCACAGUGUUAGAUGCGUCCUCCGCCGGUCUCACAACACAGCCGGCCGCGCGUGGCGGCCCGACCGCCCAACGCGAACCUACCCAUAUCCCGUAA